AUGCAAAAUUAAAAGGAAAUUCUCCAAUAUGAAGCUAUGUUAUACAUUGAACCAUACAUGGAUCAAUAGACAGAAGAGAUCAAUAAGAGAGACUUAUUGAACAUGUGCAUUGAUCGAAUUAAAGCGUAUUAGAAAGUGAAUUAGUUGUUCAGUUAGUUAGAGGAGAAUGAUUAACAAAAAGACCCACUAAAACAAAAGGAUUUGUAUUCCAAAGCUAUCAAAUUUUACAAUGAAUAUUCUUGUUAUGAAGGAAAAGACAAGUUUUGGAUUGAUGAUAAUGCCGCGCACUUUUUUUUAGAAUUGGCAUAUUCAGAAUCAGAUGAAAAGAUCAAUGAAUUCAUUAAAUAUUAAAAGCACUUAUUUUAAAUACGAUGCGAGGCAUAACUAGAGAAUGAGCAAACAAAUGAGAGAUUAUUAAAAAUCUAUAAAAAGUUAUUGGGAGACAAUGAAAUCACCAAAAUUUCUAAGUAAGAGUGGGAUGAAGAUAUACCAAAACAAUUAAGAUUACCUAAUCAAGUCGACCAAUCCAAUAAAUUAGGAAAUUAUGUAAUUUUGGGAACUGGCAAAUCACAACUAAGAAAUUUUAAUAAUGUUAAUACUUAUUUAAAGUUCUUUAAAACUCCAUUUUACAAUGUUUUGCAUUCAGUUUCAUCCAUUCAUACUUAUCUGAAGAAUGGCUUUGCAUAUAUAUACGAAGAUGAAUUGAAAAACUGUCUAUUAGAUGUAUUUCUGGGCAAACUGAGGAAGAGAAUGCAGGCUAAUUAAAUCAAAUUCUAAUAUGAGGAGUUGAUGAAAAAUGAUGAGAUAGUUAGAAUGUUCAAGAAAAUUCAAUAGACAGAUUCUGGGAUGUUGAGUCAGAAGCUUUAGAAUUUUGAGUAAGACUCUUUGAAUGCUUUGACAGUGAGACAAUAAUCAAAGGACCAUUUUCCACUCUGUAUGGAGUAUUUGAUUGAUAGAUUAGAGGUUAACCAUCAUUUAAAACAUAAUGGAAGACAACAGAUCCAAUUAUUCUUUAAGUCAGCAGGAAUGAAGAUUAAUGAAACUAUUAAGUAUAUGAAAAUGCAAUUCUAAUAGAAGAUAAGUGAGUAGGAUUUCAAUAAGAAUUAUUUGUACAACAUUCGACACAAUUACGGAUUGGAGGGGAAAAGAGAGAACUAUCAAUGUUACAGUUGUUCAUACAAUAUGGUAAAAUAAAAUCCAGGGAAUGACGAAUAUCAUGGAUGUCCAAUUAAGAAUUUCAAUUCGGAUGUGUUGGAGAAAUACUUAAAAUCAAAGAGUUACGAGGAGACAGAUAUUAAGAAAGUCAUUGAAUUAAAAAAGGGAAAUCACUUUUAAUUGGCUUGCACUGAGAUCUGGCAUUUAAAGAACAAGGGAAAUCAGACUGGUUUAAUUGUUGACAAUCCAAUUGUGUUUUAUAGGGAAUCGUUGAAUCAUCAUAAGAAGGUGUAAUUGAAAAUUGAAACUGAGGAGCCAGCACAUUGA